CAGGCAGCCAGAAAGAACAACUCCGCACUAAAGCAGCUGAUCUGAAACCUCCAUCGCCAGCGUCAGGAUGUUGUGUCCCAGCGUCUUCCAGCCGUCCCCCAUCGCCAUGAGGCCUUUCCUGGACCUGCACUGGCCUGUCCGCAGCCUGUGGCCCGAGACCCGGCCGCUCUUCUUCCAAAUCGAACAGGAAAUGAUCCGCCACAUGCAGGAGAUGAGGCAGAACAUGGAGUACAUGGAGCGGCUGCACCAGAAGAUCUUCGAGGAGAUUGACCACACCUCCUCCUCCACCACGGUCUUCAAGCCCAUCGCCUUCCAGGAGCUGGGGAAGGACGGCAGCAGCUUCGCCCUCAGCCUGGACACCAAGGAGUUCUCCCCGGAGGAGCUGUCGGUCAAACAGGUCGGCCGGAAGCUGAGAGUGAGCGGCAGGACGGAGAAGAAGCAGGACGACGGGAAGGGCUCCUACUCCUACAGGUGUCAGGAGUUCAGGCAGGAGUUUGACCUGCCGCACGGCGUUGAACCCGAAACUGUCACCUGCUCGCUGGUGGGCGGCCGGCUGCAGAUCCAGGCGCCCCGGGAGAGAGCCGCCAACGAUGGGAAGGAGAGGAUCGUCCCCAUCAGCGUGGCCUCGGCCCCGGCCAUCACCUCCUCCACCACCUCCACCUCCUCCAGCGGGGGGUCGGAGGCCAGCGGCCCCACCUCGACCCCCUCAGAGAGCAGCCCUGCCGACAAAAACUGAAAACAGACGGAAGCAUCUCGACUUUUCUCGUGUGGUUUUACUGGACGUGACGGAAACAGGAAGCCGCUGUUCUUCACCUGCACUUUGAUUUUUGACUGUAACAAACUCGUCAUAUUAUAUUUUAAGAAUUUCUGAAUGUUUUUUCCUUGUAAUUAUAGUUUAUGAUUACAAACAGCUGAAUUAAAGACUCAUUUACUUUAUCUUCAUUUUGAUCCUUAACAUCAUGUUGGAUUGAAUUUUUUUGUACUCUUUGGAUUUCUUUGCCUAAAGUUCAUGAAUAACUCACUAAAACUAGCUGUUUUUAAUAAACAGAUUUAUUGACCUACUUCUGAAACUAUUCAUAUGUACGUUAAUACUUGUGUUACUACCGAGCUGACCAUUUUUUACUCUUCUGUAUGUUUUUGCUAACAUUAAAAAGUAAGUUGUAGGUUGGCAAACUAAAUUAAUUGUACAACUUUUAUCCAAAUAAAACUAUAACUUAUUGUCCUGUUA